AGGUUGUCGAUCCCUGCUAAAACCCAUUGAGUGAUGGAGUGCUUUAAGGAAGACUAGUGUCACAUAGUCUCUUUAAAAGCAUGGUUGCCUUUUGUUUCAAAAGAGAAAUGCUUUUCAACUCUUUUUAGAGAUGUGUAAAUCAUUUGUGCUUUGCUGCAGUUUUCACAUGGUACAUUCAGGACACGUUGCAUUUGCUGGCCACCUUCUGUGGUCUGAUAGUCUCUCACAUUCCAGUGCUUACCCUGUGCCUGUUUCUGAACUAACCACUUCUCUUACUGUUACUUAUACUAUUGGUAUAAAGGGUGUUGAGAAUAGUUUUUUUUUUUUAAACUUUUUUUUAACAUAUUAAUGAACAUCUUUUAAAAAAGUUCUUCAUGCCAGUUUGGAAAUUCCACCCUGUUCGAGGUUAGUCAGGAAUUUUAUAUCACCCCUCCACCCCCCCUUAAAUUUUUUUGUUAAAUCCAGAACUAAUGUUACAAUAAAUUCAGACUCUCCACUGCAUGAAACUACUCCACUAUUGUUUGGGAAGCUUACAACUUGGCAUGUUCAACUAAGCCUACACAUUUAUAAGUGGGUGAAGUUCUAACGAUUCUAAUUUUAUUUUCUGGCUCUCUUCACUUUUUGGAGUCUUUCUUAUCUUCUGUCUGGACUGGCAUAUUGUGGAACUUGAGGAAAAAAACAGAUUAGCGGGUGCCCCCGCUCCAGUGAUAUAUGAAACACAGAGACCAGUUAAGCGGAAGCUUACAAAGGACAUAACCUGUCUGAAAGAUUUUAUGAAAGAUCCCAAAAGAGAGGAACCUCUAGUUGGUUUAGAACAUGUGGUUGAAAUCAGAUUUGAAGGGAGGAGAGAACCGCAUUAUGAAUGCAAACUGUGUGAAUUUAACACGGAGAUGGCACCUAUGAUAGAACAUCUCAGUGGCUAUAAACACAGAAGAGCAUAUAUUUCUAAAGAAUUUCCAGAUAAAAUGAAGAAAAACACACCAGGCGUGAAAGAGGACAAAGUCUCAUUUCUCAGACGGAUAGCAAGAGAGAUAGAAAAGGCUGAAGGUUUAAAAAUGUAUAAGACUGAAGGUUAUACAAGACCCAGUAUAUCUUCCUCAUCAUCAAAGAAAAAAUCAAGGUGGGAAGAUGAUUACAAGCCUGAGAAUGAUCCAGUUCGAAAGCAGAAAGCUCUAGAAUACUUGGAAACUUUUCAGGUCACCUCAGACACAGAAGCAACUCUGGUAGUUAGUAUUACACAAGAUCUGACAGAAGCUUUGAAGACCUUUUGUAAAAAGAAAGCAGCUGUCAAUUAUGCCAGCAGCCUGCGGCCACUGAUGUCAAUAUCUCAAGAUGAGCUUUCAGCAGGAAGAAAUAUCCAGAAACCAUACAAGUCUUUUGAAAAUUACAAAGGCAAUUCAGGAAAUACUAAGUGGAAUCAAGAUUUUUCAUCUCAAAGACCUGAACAGGCACAAUUUACAUCACAGUUGGAUGCAAACACUUCAUUCACCACUGCCAGUUCAUACAGUUACCAAACAAGUGAUGGAUCAUCCUCCUAUGGACUAAGACCUAAUGAUUCUGCAACAAUGGCUGCACUCAGUAAUUCAUUUGCCCUUCAGACGGGAGGCUUUGCUACUGGAAUCAAUGAAUGGUUGAAGCAAUUCAAUCAAUCUGCUUCUGUAUCCUCCCAGUCCACUUCAGUUGGAGGCACCUCUCCCUACUUCAGAUAUUCAGGGAGUGGGUAUUCAACAGAAUACAAGUCUAAUAGUGCCCAAGGAAACAAAACUACAGCACCUGAUAACAGAAUGGCUUAUGGUGUUGGAGUUACAAAUUGGAAGAGUCAGAGAGCAUUUACAAAUACAAGGAAUUUACCUGACCAGAGAUCAUCCUAUUCUGCUUCCUCUGCUACAUAUCCUUCAUCUGGAGGAUAUUCGACAAACUAUCCUUUACAAGGCUGUUCAUCUUACUACAGAAGUGGGUCUUCAAAUUCCACUUCUUCAUCAAGAGGUGGUUCUAGUUGGUCAGAAGAAUCGAGAUAUCAGAAAUCAAAUUUCAAGACUGAUUCAGCCUCAUUUCGUUCCUCCUCUUCUGUCCACAAUUCAUACAGAGAUUACCAACAACAAAACAGAGAGUCAGAUAAGAUGUUUGAUGAAGAUGCCAGUGGUCUUACUCCCAACAUUCUGCAUAGACUUCAAGGAAAGGAUGUACCUACAAUGACCAGAAUGCUCCAGCAGCUGACUCCAUAUUAUCCAGCACUUCAAAAAAUCAAUAUUGAAACAUUAGUCAAAGCAUUAAUUGAAACUAGAGAAAUAAAUUAAGAAGAUAAAACAGCUGAAUUGGAACUGAUGAACAGAACACUGGAGAAUCUUCACUUCAAGUUUUUUAGGAAAUAAACUCAAUUUAAUUUUGGAUGUGGUUUCUUUUUGCUUUGUUUUUGUUUUUUGUGGAAGGGGAUAGGGUUUAUGUUUUUAGUACAGUAAAAAUGUAGUUGGAGCACAAAUUAUUGUCAUGGAGAUGAAUAUGCUGUUCAUGUAUUUUUAUGCAUUUGUUAAAUAUUUUUAGUAGAUUUCACUGGAAACUCUUGGUUUUUGAGGGGCUGGUUAAUAUUAAUCACCUUUUUCAAAAAAAGUUUUUGUAUGUUGUAAUCCAUUUAGGAAGAAUAUUCACUGAAAAUAGUUCCAUUGCAUGAAAAAUACAGAAAUGCAUUACUUAACAUAUAAACCAAUGGCCAGUUCUUCUAAUUUUAGACUUUAUAAUGAAUUAGGAUACUUUUUAGAAGUGACUAUACUGAAUUUCUUUUUGGAACACAUUAAAAUGAUGGGCCCUAAACAAAAUGUUUCUCCUCCUGUGGACUCAAAAUGUGCUCUUAAAUAAGAAAAUGCAAACACUUGUUAGUGGAAAAACUUAACCAAUUUUAUUUUUAAAUUGUAAAAAUGCACGCAAAUAUGGAAAUACAACCAGAAUUCUAUUGUAUAGAAUAGCAUUCUGCAUUUCCAAUGUUUAUUUGUAAAAA